AUGGACAGAAAGAUAGUGCGCAAAGGGCUACUGCCUGGAGGUCACCAGGGCGCGUCUGGAACUGGCGCUGGACGCGACAGCAUGCGGGCUGCCAGCCAAGCGUGGGGUGCUGCAAGACCACCUAGCAGCCCCCCGCAUCCAUCAUCCCCACCAGAAGUCUUGGGUGUCGGAUGGGUCUUCUCAGACUCAGUAAGCGGCACCCACCGCUGGUGGAGCACGCCACAUGCGUUGAACACAAAUAAUGAACGCAAACGCACUGCGGGCGUACUUAGGGCAAAAGGGGAAGAAACUGGAUGUUUGGCGUAUCGGGCUCGGAUGCAUCGCUUUUUUGCAGAGCUGGAGCCAUCUCUAUCCGUCACUGAGCAAAACCUGGCAGACCGAGUUCGGUACAUCCUGCGCUCCAACAUAUUUGGUGGCGCCAAACUCGAACGACUACGAUGUGAGGCUGUUCCUUCAUCGGAUGGAAAUGCUAUGGCAGGGAAUGCGGCGCCACUAAUUGCGCAGCAAACUGCAUAUAUGGAUGCUGCCGUGGAUAUUCCAUUUGUGGUUGAUUCAGACGAUGGUGAAAUAGUCUCCUACGAACCAGAGAAAAUGAGGAGCAUAUUGGAAGAGUCGAUGCUGGAAACGCGCAGUACACCUCUAGAAAAUCGACCGUGA